UUGCCUUUACAUUUCAAGGUCGGUCAAAUCAGCUGAACUUGUUAGAUAUCCAAUUGUGGUUUUUAAUUGUUUUGGUUCGUCUUUUAGUCUGUUGUUUGUGUUAUAUAAACUUGUAUUUUUUUUUGUUUGAGUUAUUUUUUAUUUAGUGUUCAUUAAGUUUAACAAUUUUUCUCUCUAAUCAUGUUGAAUUUGCAAGGAAUUUUGCUCAGUCGAUCUAUAUCACCGGCUACUUUUCAGAUCUGUGCUAGAUUAUUGUCCAAUGAGGCCACUUUCCAAACUAAACCUUAUAAAUUACACAAAAUGGAUGAAGGACCUAGUACAGAGGUUACUGUUACUCGGGACGAGUCUUUAGUUUUAUAUAGAGAAAUGAUGAGGAUUCGUAGGAUGGAAGCUGCUGCUAAUGCUUUAUACAAAGAGAAAGCAAUUAGAGGUUUUUGCCAUCUUUAUUCGGGACAAGAAGCAGUUGCUGUGGGUAUGGAAGCUGCCAUCAAGAAAGAUGAUGCCGUUAUCACUGCUUACCGAGCUCAUGGUUGGACUCUUGUUCGUGGAGUUCCUCCAAGUGCUAUUCUUCCUGAAUUGACUGGAAGAAAGUCUGGUUGUGCUCGAGGUAAAGGAGGUUCUAUGCAUAUGUACAAUUACAAUUUUUUCGGUGGUAACGGUAUUGUCGGAGCGCAAGUACCAUUAGGAGCGGGAAUCGCAUUUGCAUGCAAAUAUAAGCAAAAUGGAAAUCUUUGCUUAACUUUAUACGGAGAUGGAGCUGCCAAUCAAGGACAAGUUUUCGAAGCCUAUAACAUGGCCAAACUUUGGAACUUACCUUGCAUAUUCAUCUGUGAAAACAAUGGAUACGGUAUGGGAACCUCAGCUGAUCGAGCUGCUGCUAGUACCGAAUACUAUACCCGUGGUGACUAUGUUCCCGGACUAUGGGUAGAUGGUAUGGACGUUUUAGCAAUCAGAGAAGCAACUCGAUUCCUUGGCGAAGCUUGUCGUCAAGGCAAAGGGCCAUUUGUUGUUGAAGCAGCAACCUAUCGAUACCAUGGACACAGUAUGUCUGAUCCAGGAACCAGUUAUCGAACUAGAGAGGAAAUUCAAGAAGUUAGACAGCAAAGGGACCCAAUUACUUCAUUUAAAGAUAAAAUUUUGAAUGCUGAUCUAGUCUCGAGUGAUGAACUCAAGCAAAUAGACAAUGAAAUCAAGAAAGAAAUUGAUGAGGCUGUGAAAUUAGCCAAGACUGAUUCUGAAAUACCUUUAGAUGAACUUACUGCUGAUGUUUAUGUUGAAAAUUACGAGCCAUACAUUAGAGGUACAACGCCUUUCACUCCUCUCCAGCAUAAACGAAUAACAAAACCUCUUAAUCUUAAUUAAUUUAAAAUGUAGAGAUUUAUUUGCAAAAAUAUUGUUUUCGCCCUUCCUGAUUUUUUCUGGACGGUUUAAAUUUUAUGGAAAUAAAGUCUUUUGUUUCGGACGUAGUGUUAA